CCCAGGUUCACGAUGAUGGAGUGUUCCGGGCUGAACCAACGGCCGUGUAAGGAGACCUUUAACGUGUACCGGUACGACAGCGAGCGGGACGAGGCCACGCCCACCCACCCCCCCUGGAUGGAGAACCCGUACACGAAGGUGUCCACGCUGGCGGCCGACCACCUGCUGCGGCGGGGGGGCGAGCGGCGCUCCAACGUGCGGCUGCUGCGCCUGGCGCCGCUGGGGGGGGCGGGGCUGUACCUGGCCUUCCAGAGCCAGGGCGCCUGCAUGGCGCUGCUCGCCGUGCGCGUCUUCUACAGGAAGUGCCCGCCGCUCCGCCGCGCCUUCGCCGCCUUCCCCGAGACCGUCCCCCACUCGCUGGUGGAGCAGGCUCAGGGUGUGUGUGUGGAAAACGCCGUGACUCCGCCCGGUGAGCAGUCGCGUCUUCCCAGCAUGCUUUGCGGCGAGGACGGGCAGUGGGUGGGGCAGCCGUCCUCCAGCUGCGCCUGUCGCCCGGGAUACGAGGCGGGGGAAACAGACGUGCGCUGUCGAG